GUAGGGAUGGCAACGAUGGUCGUAAAGCAAGGAGGGUGUUGACGCCAACGCUGUUGCUCAUUUUCGCCCUUGCGAGAGUAUCGAGUGGGAGAGAGCCGUAAAGCAAAGUGUGGUGUUGACGGCUGCCGGAGAGAAACCAGGAACUCCAUCUGUCCCAAUGCUAUCUUGCACUGACCGAGAGCAGAAUAAAGAAAAAUGAACAGGAACAGAAAUCCACCGCCACGGGGAGGCAAGGGCACUGCUGCACCUAGACAGAUGGGCUUGCUGAUGGAUUUUUCUCCGGAAAGCAUGGUGCCCAGUGAAGGGGAGGAUGAUCAGGAACUAGAGGCCGAGUUCCUGGCCAUUGUUGGAGGACAGCCAAAUGGAAAAACUCCUUUGCCGAUGGAAGCUAUUGAACGAAUGGCUGCUCUCUGCAUGACGGAUCUCGAUGAAGAGGGUGGGGAUGGAGAGGAAGAUUUGGAAGAUGAUGAUGAACUGCUGGCUGAACUCAGUGAAGUUCUUGAGGAAGACGCCGAGGCCAAGGACGCCCCGGUGCCUGUGCCUGCUAAGACAAACGAUGCCCCAGCGGAUUCCAGCAGCACCGAAUCCAUUUUGCUAGAAAGACUGGCCAUGUACAAGGCUGCGGUUGCUAAUGCAAAAUUAUCUGGGGAAAGCUCUAAAGUACGCCGCUAUGAAAGGGGUCUCAAGACUCUGGAAAACCUGUUGACCUCCAUAAGGAAAGGCAAAAAGAUUGAUAACGAUGAAAUUCCUCCCCCGGUAACUUCAGGAAAGAACACUCCUUCCCAGCAGGCCUCUCCUCUGGAGACAGCGCCAGCCUCGCCGGCCUCCGUGCUUGGCAGAAGGGCUGCAUUAGCCAACCACCUUCCUCCAGAGCCUGCUUCUGUGGCCCCUGAGCCACCACUGCCCAUCUCACCGCCUGCCUCUGCACUGCCCCCCAAGUUGCCACCACCUGUCCUUCCAAAGCCAAAGAUUUCUCCAGCCCCUGCUGGGCUGCUUGGGUCCCCAGAGACACCGCAGCCAAGGCCUGCCCCUUUGACACCUUCUCCUUAUUUGGAUUCCAAAAACUCCAGUGCUCAGACCGCCCUGCAAGCCAGACAGCGGGAGUACAAGCUGGCGGCACUGCAGGCUAAACAGGAAGGCAGCAUUGAAAUGGCUACCAAGUAUUACCGCAUAGCCAAGAGCUUGGACCCUCUUUUGGUAUCUGUGGGUAAAGGAGAGAGCGUUGAUCUCAGCCGUCUGCCUCCGCCUCCAGAUCAGCUGCCCAAGGAGAUAUUGUCAUCCCUGGGCGUGCAACAGCCCCCUGUGGCAACGACAACGCCCCUUGCCCAUGCUGUGACCCCUCCGGCACCAGCCGUGUCAAAUGCAGGAGAUAUACCCCCGCCCCCUCGAGAUAUGAUGGAGGCCCUGCAGCAGAGGAUGGACAGGUACAAGACAGCAGCAGCACAGGCAAAGAGCAAAGGAGAUGACAGGAAGGCCAGAAUGCAUGAACGGAUUGUGAAGCAAUAUCAAGAGGCCAUCAGAACUCACAAGGCAGGGAAACCUGUUGAAUUUGCUGACCUACCUGUUCCCCCAGGUUUCCCUCCCAUCCAAGGAAUGGAAUCUUCACCAGGAAAUCAAAGCUUUGCGGGUAUCCUUGAAACAGCUAUGAAGCUAGCCACUGAGGAGGAUGAAGACACUGAGGAGGCAAAAAAGCCUGACCUCUGCCCGUCAUCAUCCAAACCAGUCAGCUCGCUGCAGCCUAAACCGGUGCCCCAGCCAGGCUCCCGAGCUGUCCCUGCAACUCCGAAGUCAACCGUGGCUGGUAAAAGUGCCUCCAAGGUCAUCGCAAAAGCUCAGCAGCAGCUGAACUUCCUGGAAAGCCGAAAGAAGCAGCUGAUGCAGGCAGCUCUCCGGGCCAAGCAGCAAAAUGACAUCGAGGGGGCCAAGCUGUUCUUGCGCCAGGCCAAGGGUCUGGACCCCAUGAUAGAGGCGUCACAGAACGGGCUCCCCGUCGACAUCACUAAGGUGCCUCAGGCCCCUGUGAACAAAGAAGACUUCACGCUUGUGCAGCACCGUGGAGCCUGCCUCUCCCCAGAAACUGCUACCCAAUACACCCAGCUCGUGAAACUGAUGAGGCAGCAGCAUGAGGUGUGCAUGGAUUACUCCAAGAAGUUCACCCAUUUAGGGAACAUCUCAGAAACUACCAAAUUUGAGAAGAUGGCUGAGGACUGCAAAAAGAACAUGGAGAUCCUGAAACAAGCCCAUGCCAAGGGAUUUCCACUGCCCAAAUAUCAUUAUGAGCAGCGGACCUUUAAUGUGAUCAAGAUCUUUCCAGAAUUGAACAGCAAUGACAUGGUUCUUUCGAUCGUGAAAGGAAUGAACCUGCCAGCGCCGCCAGGCAUGUCUCCAAAUGACCUGGAUGCCUUUGUACGCUUUGAGUUCCCCUAUCCCAAUGCGGAGGAAGCUCAAAAAGACAAAACCAACGUGAUCAAAAAUUCCAAUUCUCCUGAAUUCCAAGAGAAGUUCAAGCUGUUUAUUAAUCGGGGGCACCGUGGGCUCAAGAGAGCCAUUCAGACAAAAAGCAUCAAGUUUGAGGUCAUCCACAAAGGAGGAUUGUUCAAAACUGACCGGGUAGUGGGAACAGCACAGUUGAAGUUGGAGGCACUGGAGACAUCCUGUGAGCUUCGGGAGAUCUUGGAGCUCUUGGAGGGUCGACGGCCCACAGGAGGCAAACUAGAAGUCAUUGUCCGCCUCAGAGAGCCACUGACUUCCCAGCAGCUGGAAUCAACAACGGAGAAGUGGCUGGUCAUCGAUCCCCUAACCAUGCCACCGGUUGCACUUCCUAAACCAAAGGUAGCAGUAGCACCUGUGAAGGAUAUGAGCCGCAGCAAACCUGUUUGCACUCUGCACAGCUUCAGCGUUCUGGCUUUUGACAAGGAGAGGCUGGAGAAAAAGAUGAUGGCGUACAAGGAAACUGGCCAGAGAUUUCCCAAUGAUCUAGCGGAGCAGCACCAGAAUGUCAUACGGAUGAUCCAGUGGCAAAAGUCUGAGCUUCAGCAAGGAGGCCCUGCGGUCUGGAAAGAGUACGUCACCCAGUUGGAGCGGUAUCAGCAGUGGUACACAGAAGCGGCACGGCGCCUUGGCAGUGAAGGAAAGCGGGAAGCGGCCAAGGAUGCCCUUUACAAGCGCAAUCUGGUUGAGAGGGAGCUGCAGAAGGCUCUCAAGUGAAGGAAGGGCUGGCAGCGUGAAAGCUCUUGGACACCCUGGCCAAGCCCCCGCGGUGGGUGAAGGGCUGGGCUGGGUGGAGCCGUAAUGCUGCAAGGUGACGCUGUGCCCUGGCAGCGGGGCUCUUUCUAGUCUUCACUCCAUGUAAUAAGGAUGGGUGGCGACUCCCUUAGUCAUGCGAUGCUGCCAGGUGAAGAGAGACAAUCUACGUGAUACUUGCCUUGGUGCUCUGGCUCAGCCUGGCCUCUCCAGGCUCCUAGGGAGACCCUGAGCGAUUCCUCUGCAGGGCCAGGCUGCUGGGUCUUGGGAGAGAAGAGAAAUAAUCCCCCUCUCUCUCUUUCUGUUCUACCUGCAACUACCAGGUACAUCCCCAUUUCAAGUCGAAAUGGGCUUCACUCCAGUGGCUUCUCCCCCUUAGUAUCCUGCAAAUGAGAGAUUUCUGAGCCUGCUGAGGCCAGGGAUGGGAGAAUAGGUGGCACUCCAGAUAAUGCUGGCCUCAACUUCCAUCAGUCCCAGCUAGUGCUGAGGGAUGAUGGGAGCUGCAGUCCCAACAGUUGGAGGGUCACACAUUCCCCAUCCUUGAGCUAGACCCUCGUUGAAACUACAGUUUCCAAAAUCCCUUGGUCUAGAGAGUGUGACUCCUACAGCCCUGAAACUGUUUUAAAUGCUUCGUGCAGAUCUGCCUGCGGUGUCUUGGCUUCUCUGCCUCAGAGGUCGGAAGGCCCCGCGGCUUCCGACAUGUCCCAAGUGGAGUCACUGAGGAAUUUGGCACCUUUUAAAAACAAGAAAGAGGUGAUCCUAGCACGUCCCCCCAACCCUUGUAGUUUGCAUUCAGUGCAGAACUCCCUGCAUUGCUGCACCCCCGCCCCCACCUCCUCCCUUGCACCAGGCACUUUGCACGCACCUCUCUGAGCUCUGCUUAUUUGCCCAUUUUUUGUGUUCCUUCCUUUGAGAACUAAGCCACUCACUGCUUUUGACUGUUCAGAUCCCCUUCUGAGUGGCCAAGAAGACCCCUUUGGAGGCUGAACGGUGAAGUUUUGCUUGCUCUAGAUCCCAGGAAGACCCAGCUCCUGAACCUGCCUCAGGCCCCCCUGCAGAGGCCUGCAGUGAUGGGAGGAGGCCUGGCAAGGUGGCAUCUUUCUUUAAAGGCCCCUGACCCCUCUGCCAUCAUCCGUACAGCCCAUUUCAGGGAAGAACAUGUAAUGAGCUCAGUGAUUCAGGCUGGCUGCUGGGUCUUGAUUUUGGAGUUGCUGCCUCUUCCGCCCCCCGCGCGACCAAAGGACCCAAGCAAUGGGGCUGAGAGUUCCCUCUCCCAUUAGAGAAAAUAGUGGAAGGAGGUUGUCCCUUCCCUUGGGUUAAGGGCAGGCUUCCCUCCACUAGAAAUGGCUUGUGGAUGCCCAGACUGAUUGAGCAUCAGCUCAGCUUGGUGCACCAAUGACUUGUGGGUUACAAUCACUUGGCGCAGGGUUUCUGCAGGCUCCUCCUGUCCCAGGCUGUUCCUGACACCGUUCCUGUUGAAUGAGGGAUGGUGCCUGAUAAUCAGCAGUUUCUUGGCAUGCCAGAUGGAGAAGCACACGUCUUAUCGAGAGGCCCCUCUGGUCUUGAGGGUUGCCAGGGGUGGGGUUAGGGUGUUGCUGUUGUAGUCUGUAGGUGUGCAUUAUCUGUAGGCACUGGGGCAUAUCAGUGUGGUCCUUAUGGGAAUUCACUCCCCUUUGGCGGCUGGAAAUGUGACCUUGUAAUGGCCGCAUCCUGCCUCCUGCACUAGAUUCAAAGACAUUUUUAAGUAUAAGAAAUUAACUCAGGAUUGUUGCUGGCUCAGGAUGGAUUAGGUGACGCACUGUGGGUUAGAUCCUGCACCAUCUUCCCUGCCACACCUACAUUCCUUUUAAAACCAAAAUUUAACCCCUCCUGUCCUUAGAUAGUGAGAUGAUAAAAGGGAAACAAGUGUUCUACACAGCCUUUCUUCCCUGACCCCAUUUUCCCAAUCCCCACCCCCCACCCCCGCUGGGUAUUAGGGAAUUCUGAUUUUUUAUACAAGUGCCUGUCUCUGAGGUUGUUGCUCAGCUAGAGGCCUUAAAAGCCCACUGUUAAAAGCAGAGGCCACAAAUCCGUGUUACGGCUUUAUUUUAUGCUUACAGUGACAUAAAUAUAUAGUUUUUAGAAGGGUGGGGAGGUUUUAAAAAGUUCUGUACGACCCGUACUGGAAUCUUGCACCAAUAAUAAACCCUUGUGAAAACCUA